AUGUCCAACCCCCGAGCAAAGAACCUCCCACCCACCAACGCCUCCGCCCGCAAGAACCCCUCCUCCACGCCCUCGUCCGCCGUCAAACCCCCCAACAAAUCCAUCAGCGCCCCUUCGAAACCCGCCGGCUCGUCCGUCCGCCCGACACCACGCAACCCGCCCUCAGGAACCAAAGCCCCCGCCAAAGCUGCACCCGCCAAAGCAGCGGCACCCCCCAAGGAAGGCAACUGGCUGAACCAGACCGUGCAGAACACCGUCGCGGGCGCCGGGGGGUAUGUCGGGGGGUUGAUCAACAGCGUCGGGGGAAGCGUGAAUAAAGUCGGGGAUGGGCUGGGCAAUGCCAUCACCAACACCACCCGCGGCUGGGGCCAAGGCGUCUCGGGGUACGGCAACAACAUCAAGGACGCCGUGGGCGUCGGCGGGCCUCGCGUGUCGACGGGGGGGAAUCCCCUUGGUCUUGCCGGGCAGGGCAGUGCGCCGAAUAUGAAGGAGAAGAAGGCGCCGAAUGCGGUGAGGAGUGCCGGGAAGGGGAGUGCGGGGAAUCCUUUGGGGAUUUGA